AUGUCUAGAUCUGGUGUUGCUGUUGCAGAUGAAUCGCUACAGGCUUUCAACGAUUUGAAAUUGGGUAAGAAGUACAAGUUUGUGUUGUUCGCACUGAACGAUGAUAAGACCUCUAUCGUUGUGAAGGAGACUUCUACAGAUGCAUCCUAUGAUGCAUUCUUGGAAAAACUUCCAGAGAACGACUGUCUAUAUGCCGUUUACGAUUUUGAAUACGAAAUCAACGGUAACGAAGGUAAGCGUUCCAAGAUCGUUUUCUACACUUGGUCCCCAGAUACUGCUCCAGUGAGAUCCAAGAUGGUUUACGCUUCUUCUAAAGAUGCUUUGAGAAGAGCUCUGAACGGUGUUUCCACUGAUAUCCAAGGUACCGAUUUCUCCGAAGUGUCUUACGAGACUGUCUUGGAAAAGGUCAGCAGAGGUGCUGGUUCCCAUUAG